AUGAAGACCAGCUCCGAGCACAACAGGCCAUCAGGUGGCACUGGAGGGCCUGCUGCGAGGAAGGCCGCUGGGAGCCGAGCCACGGCAGGAGACGCCUGGCACUCGAGGAACCAAGAACACGCCCCCAACCACCAAGAACACGCCCCAAACCACCAAGAACAAGCCCCCAACCACCAAGAACACGCUCCCAACCACCAAGAACACGCCCCCAACCACCAAGAACACGCCCCCAACCACCAAGAACACACCCCUACGCACCAAGAACACGCCCACACACUCACAAAUGACACAUCUAAACGCGAGUACAUACUGGUGUCAUAG